AUGCGCCGCUCGGCUACGAUUUGGCAAAAAAAAUCAUGGUUCGAUCGAACUGCCAUCCGGCGUAUGGUGAAAGGUCCUGUAGGCUAUGGGCCCUUCUCGAAGACCGUCAAGGCGUCCUCCGAGCUCGCGAAAGGGGCGCGGCGGGAAGGGGAGGACCCCGCCGGAAGAGAAUCCCGCACCGGCGACGACGCCAGUGUGAUGCGCAACAUCCAACUUCGCACCAACCUCCACCUACGCCUUUCAUUGGCCUCGUUGGUGCACCCCACGCAGCUGGAGACGACCCCCUAUCAGUCCCCGGAGUGGCGGAUGGCCAUCGUGCGCAUGUAUCGCGUGAUUCUUCGCCUGCACAACAAAACGGUGGCGGUGUCGUUGGGCGGGGGGAAGCAACGUCGUCGGGGCCCACCGAAGGGGCGUUGA